AUGCCGUCACAUAAGACCUUCGUAAUCAAGAAGAAAUUGGCGAAGAAGAUGAGGCAGAACCGGCCUAUCCCUUACUGGAUCCGGAUGAGGACCGACAACACCAUCAGGUAUAACGCUAAGCGCCGUCACUGGCGCCGCACCAAGCUUGGAUUCUGA